AUGGAUCCUUUGCAAAUGGUCCACUCGGGCCCUCGGAAGAAGAGGCCCAGGCAAACGGGUGCUUCGAUGGUCUCUCCUCCUCAUGACAUCAAAUUUCAGGAUUUGGUCCUCUAUAUUUUAGAGAAGAAAAUGGGAACCACCCGCAGAGCCUUCCUCAUGGAGCUGGCACGAAGGAAAGGAUUCAGGGUCGAAAAUGAGCUCAGUGAUUCCAUCACCCACAUUGUGGCAGAAAACAACUCUGGCUCAGAGGUCCUGGAGUGGCUGCAGGUACAGAAUAUGAAAGCCAGCUCACAGCUAGAACUCCUCGACGUCUCCUGGCUGAUAGAAUCAAUGGGAGCAGGAAGACCAGUGGAGAUGUUGGGGAAACACCAGCUUGUAAGUGUGAGAAGAGACAAUUCAGCUAGCCCCAACCCAGAGUCCCAGAAGACUCCACCACUUGCUGUAAAAAAGAUCUCUCAAUACGCAUGUCAGAGAAGAACCACUUUAAACAACUGUAACCACAUCUUCACGGAUGCCUUUGAGGUACUGGCUGAAAACUAUGAGUUUAGAGAAAAUGAAGUCUUCUGCCUGGCAUUUAUGAGAGCAGCUUCUGUACUUAAAUCCCUGCCCUUCACAAUCAUCAGUAUGAAGGACACAGAAGGAAUUCCCUGCCUGGGGGACAAAGUGAAGUGUGUCAUAGAGGAAAUUAUUGAAGAUGGAGAAAGUUCUGAAGUUAAAGCUGUGUUAAAUGAUGAACGAUAUCAGUCCUUCAAACUCUUUACUUCUGUGUUCGGAGUGGGACUGAAGACAUCUGAGAAAUGGUUCAGGAUGGGUUUCAGAACUCUGAGUAAAAUAAAGUCGGACAAAACGCUGAAAUUCACACCAAUGCAGAAAGCAGGAUUCCUCUAUUAUGAAGACCUCGUCAGCUCUGUGACCAGGGCAGAAGCAGAGGCAGUUGGUGUCCUGGUUAAAGAGGCCGUCUGGGCAUUUCUGCCUGAUGCCUUCGUCACCAUGACAGGAGGAUUCCGGAGAGGUAAGAAGAUUGGGCAUGAUGUGGAUUUUUUAAUUACCAGCCCUGGGUCAAGAGAUGAAGAAGAGGAACGACUUUUACCAAAAGUGAUGAACUUAUGGGAAAGGAAGGGAUUACUUUUAUACUGUGACUUUGUGGAGUCAACAUUUGAAAAGUUAAAGUUGCCUAGCAGGAAUGUGGAUGCUUUAGAUCAUUUUCAAAAAUGCUUUCUGAUUUUAAAAUUGCACCAUCGGAGAGUGGACAGUGGCAAGUACAGCCAGCAAGAAGGAAAGACCUGGAAAGCCAUCCGCGUGGACCUGGUCAUGUGUCCCUAUGAGCGCCGCGCCUUUGCCCUGCUGGGCUGGACCGGCUCACGGCAGUUUGAGAGAGACCUCCGGCGCUAUGCCACGCAUGAGCGGAAGAUGGUGCUGGACAACCAUGCAUUAUAUGACAAGACCAAGAAAAUAUUCCUCAAAGCAGAAAGUGAAGAAGAAAUUUUUGCACAUCUGGGAUUGGAUUACAUUGAACCAUGGGAAAGAAAUGCCUAGAAAAAGUUGUCAACUUUUUUUCAGCUUUUUUUUUUCAGGUUAAAUAAAUUAUGCUUCAUAUUGUAGUAAAGAUGCCUUAGGAAAAUAUGAGAUUCUUUAAGCCUUAUUGAAAUGCAGAUUGCCAUUAGGAAUAGUUUUGGAAACUUGAUAAGGCAGCACCUGGUAAUGGGUUAUGCUCUAGUAGGCCAUUCAUAUGACCGUUGCUUAGAAUUCACAAUGCAUUUUUCCAUAGAAAUGAUGUUGAAAUUGGUGGCUUAUUUCAGGGAAGCUCAUCAAAGCCCACUUUGCCCACAGUGUAGCUGAGAUACUGUAUAUUUGCAAUAAAAAUAGGAGGAAACAAGAGAUGGUGGAGUCUUCUUUUUCACGCAAAUACUGUAAAAAUAUUCUAAACAAAAAUGUAACAAAAUGAAAACGAAGAGUUGAAGACUUAUCUCGAGGAGAGAAACAGGUUUAACUAGAAGAUCAGAGAUUCUGGAGGGGGUUCUAGGUCCCUUCUGGAGCUUUUGGAGGAUGGGGUACUAACUCUAGACCCACUCUGCUCAGGUCAUAGUCUGCUUCUCUGUCAUCAUGGAGCUGUUCUCUAGGCGUCCCAGCAAAAGGCCACACACGGGAUGUAUUCCCACUGCUUUCACUCAGAAGUACAAUUUCCUAAAUGCCAAAGGAAUAUCUCCCCUGUUUUCUAUCUCUGAGUCUCUCGCUGGAUCUUAGUGGCCCUUUCUCUCUCAGGGAGAUGCUUUCUCUUGGUCGUUUCAUCUUAGGAUACCCAGGGUAAGGGAGGCAGCCUUGAAAGCACAUGUUGGCAGGUGGCAGUAAUUGAUUGAGUUUGUAGAACUUGUUCGUACUUGUUUGAAGAAGAGGGGACUUGUUUCUGAGCAAUCAGAGGCCCUGUAUGAGAAAGAAAUGCCUCCACGGCCUAUCAAAGUGGAGUUGGUGGAUGGAUCCUGAGAUGCUAUGGACCCAGGUUCUCCCACUAGGAGACUCUGCUUGUUCACCAGCAGUGGCCCUCUCUGCAUGAGGGAACCAGGACUCCUGGGGAAGCCUCCUCACAGAAGCCCUGGUGAAGGCCUGACCUGAGCCAGCUGAUGCUGUUCACAGACUUUCCUCAGAUGGCAAGCAAAUUGCUACUUAGCCCACCCUUCUGGUCCUGUGUUCAUCCACUCUGAGUCUUCUCACUCUCUCUCCCUAGAGAGUGCAGUGGAGGCCUUUCUCUCCACUCCCACAAAAUGGAUAUAGCCCUCAUUUCUCAUAAUCUCUUGGAACAACACUUGCCUUCACUCUACCAUAUUUACCCUACACACACACACACACACACAC